CUCAUUACCACAUGAAGAGCCAGCCUCAACCCCUCCCUCCUUUCUCCUCCCAAAAACACAGGGAACCAAAUCCUCCCAUCUCUUCUCAAUGGCUUGCUCCUCUAUUUCAAACCACAUUCAUCCCUUUAUUCAAUUCCAAUCUAGAAAUCCUAAGAGCUCACCACCUCGCUCCCUGCCGAUCAUUGCAAGAUCGUCGCAGUCCCAAAUCUAUGGCCUCAAGCUCCCAACAACACUAGUCAAUUAUUCACCUCUUUGUGUUCCUCCAAAGAGUCUCAUUUGUGCCAAGGUGUCGAAAGGUGGCGUGCCUCCUUCCUUCACAUUGAAAGACCAAGACGGAAAGAAUGUGAGCCUCUCCAAAUUUAAAGGCAAGCCAGUUGUGGUUUAUUUCUAUCCUGCUGAUGAGACCCCUGGGUGCACCAAACAGGCAUGUGCCUUCAGGGAUUCCUACGAAAAGUUCAAGAAGGCAGGAGCCGAGGUGGUAGGAAUAAGCGGGGAUGACUCUUCUUCCCACAAGGCAUUUGCAAAGAAGUACAGACUGCCAUACACCUUGCUAAGUGAUGAGGGAAACAAGGUCAGAAAAGAGUGGGGGGUUCCAUCUGAUCUUUUCGGUACGCUACCAGGGAGACAAACGUACGUACUGGAUAAGAAAGGGGUGGUCCAAUUGGUCUACAACAACCAAUUCCAACCAGAGAAGCAUGUGGACGAGACCUUGAAGCUCCUACAGAGCCUCUGAGGCCCCCUAUUUGUUUGUUCUAUUGUUGUUAUUUGUAAUCUUUUCAGCUGAUUCUAAGUUUAAUUACGAGUGACAUGACUGGACGAAUGAAAAUGUAUGUGGCAUCUAUAUUUCUGAUUUGAUUACAGUACAUGACACAUUUAAGUAA